ACUGAGCGAUCCGAACGAAAGUGGAGUGAUGAAAUGGAGAAACAGUUCGAGGAGCUGCUCAGCGCGGGUCUUACGUCCAAACAAAUAAGCAUUUGCUUGAAAGUGUCGCAGACAACUGUCAAUUAUCGGAUACGAAUGAAGCGGCUGAAGGAAGAACAGGCCGAAUUCGUCAGCAAAGAGUUGAAUGACAGUGCUCGACAAACGCUCUAUGAUUUCGUCACAAAGUGGCUUUCUCCGAGGCGAUGCCCAUUGGAGUUGCAGGACAUGCUUCCUGAAAGGCUCUCCUGGAAUGCUGCUGAUUUUGCAAUGGUGGAAGACCAAAAAAAGGCGAUGUCAUUUUUGCCAUGGCAAACUAUUGCACAGAAAAUGCAUUGUUCUUUGCUCGAAAUCCAAGGACACUGGUUGCAUGAAGUCGAAAAAUUACGUGAAGCGUGCGAAAGCUGCGGUGGUAAUUCAGAGGAAGCCACAAAAAUGUGCUGCCCCGGAGUCCCAAUGAUCACCGCCGGAGAAUUCAGACGUGCUUUAUCUCUAAUUCUUGAGCAAAAUCCGGAAUCCGCUCGUUUCAUCGAUGUAAGCAAGCUGCAGCAGAGGUACUGA